CCCCCCCGCCCCGCAUCACUUCCCUGUUCGCGGAGAAGAUCGCACGCGCUCGCGUGACUCUCUAGAACGAAUUUAUCAUGCCACUGAGCCUGUGACUGGGAUUUUCACUCAAAUAGUAAUAGACAACUAUGAAGAUGUGGUCGUCACAAGUAAAUAAUUCUAGUAGUAGUAAUACAACAAAUAAUCAGAACCUGCGUACUCUGGGUAUGACGUCGGCUAUAAGUAUGGCAGAACCAAAGCUCAGUGAUAUCAGUAGAACCGUUGAGCUUAAAGAAGCUCUUAAGCCAUACAAUGUUUUUGAGUCGGAGGAAGAACUUAAUCACAGAAUGGAAAUAUUAAGUAAAUUAAAUGCUCUUGUGAAACAAUGGAUACGAGACACAAGUAUCGCAAGAAAUAUGCCACCAAACGUUGCUGAUCAAGUCGGAGGCAAAAUAUAUACUUUUGGAUCUUACAGAUUGGGCGUACAUCAUAAAGGAGCUGAUAUAGAUGCUCUUUGUGUUGUACCCCGACAUAUAAAUAGAAGCGAUUAUUUUACAUCAUUUUUUGAUUUAUUAAAAGGACAAGCAGAAGUAACAGAUUUGAGGGCUGUUGAAGAAGCAUUUGUACCUGUAAUAAAAAUGAAUUUUGAUGGUAUAGAAAUCGAUAUGUUAUUUGCUAAAUUAGCAUUGAAGGAAGUUCCUGACUCAAUGGAUCUGAGAGAUGAUAUGCUUUUAAAAAAUCUUGAUCCAAAAUGUGUAAGAAGUUUGAAUGGCUGUCGUGUAACAGAUGAAAUACUCCGCUUAGUCCCUAAUAUAGAAAAUUUUAGACUGGCCUUACGAGCUAUAAAAUUAUGGGCGAAAAAAAAUGGAAUCUAUAGUAAUGUAUUAGGUUAUUUAGGAGGUGUGUCUUGGGCAAUGCUAGUGGCACGAACUUGCCAACUGUAUCCAAAUGCAGUGGCUGCAACAUUAAUAGAGAAAUUUUUUCUCGUUUUCUCACAAUGGAAGUGGCCGCAACCGGUACUUUUAAAAUCGCCAGAGAAUGUUAAUUUGGGAUUUACCGUUUGGGAUCCACGUGUCAAUAUAUCCGAUAGAUAUCACUUGAUGCCGAUCAUCACUCCGGCAUAUCCGCAACAGAAUUCAACCUUCAAUGUGUCGGUGUCGACGAGAACGAUAAUGCAGGAGGCCUUUGAAAUGGGUUUGGCCACUACUGAAGAAAUAAUAAUGGGCAAAGCGACAUGGGACAAGCUCUUUGAACCACCCAACUUCUUCAUCAAAUACAAACAUUACAUUGUAUUGCUGGCGAGUAGUUCGACGGCGGAAGAUCAACUGGAGUGGUGUGGGCUUGUUGAAGCGAAAAUUCGACACUUGAUAGGUACGCUUGAAAGGAAUCCUCACAUUACAUUGGCACACAUUAAUCCAGAAGGAUUUCCACCAUUAAAGCCUGAAGCAGAUAAAUUUAUUUCGAUGUGGUUCAUUGGCCUGACAUUCAAGAAGGGAGAGAACUUAAAUGUGGAUCUUACUUACGACAUCAAAUCCUUCGUUGAAACAACCGAAAGACAAGCAGAGCAAAUUAAAUUAUUUAAAAAUGGUAUGACCAUAGAAGCCAAACAUGUUAAGAAGAGGGAUUUAGCAAACUACAUUUCUCAUACAUUGAUUAAAAGAGAAAGAAAAACUUCAAGUGGAACGCAACGAAACGGAAAUAUUAGCGGCAACGGCGGGGUCUCUCCAAGAAAUCAAAGCGACUUUUUGUCCAGGAAGAGAAAGUCUGAUCAGUCUCUGGACAAUAAUGAUAAAAAGCGAAAAUUACAUGAAAAUGAGCAACAACCUCUGUCUACACCAGUACAACAGAAGGAAGAUGGUUCCGUGGUUGUCCAGUCAUGCGGAGACGACAGCAAUUCAGGAUUUAGCUUAGAGGAAUAUAAGCAGACUUUAACACCUGCUAAGGACGUAAGAAAUUGAAUAUCUUAGCAAUUAUUGUUUUUAUCAAUUUUAAUUAAUUCUUUAAGUUUAGAAAGAAAAUAACACCAAGGUUAGUAAUUUAGAGGGAAAAUACGUCUCCCUCUGAAAACUGUUGUU